UAUAUUCCCCGCACUAUAAAUUCUUCGCUGUAUGUUGGCCACACUGCAUCUGUCCUGUGGAUCCUGUGUGUGUAUCCUGCAACAUGGCAGCUUGCAGCGAAUAUAUUAAAUCCGAAUUCCCGUUAAUUGACGAUGAUUUAUACCAGUAUGUAGAAGGUAUCUUAACUAGUGGAGCAGAUGAUUUUGAGGACAGUGGAGAGCUGUAUGAUGCUAUUGGAGAAGUAUUACACGAAGUUGCAGAAGAGAAAUCAGAAAUGGACAUUAGGAAUAUCUGUGAUAAACUACUUCAUAUAAUGAAGCCUGAAAAAGGAAGCAUGUUACAUACUGGAUCAGCAAAGGUUCUAAAUGCACCAGUUCAUCUAGCAAGCAUGGCGGCCAACCUGGAAAAUAAUAUUGAAGACAUUAAAAGUAUUUGGGUCAUGUCAAGAGAUGAUGGACUAAAAGUUGAUGCAAAGAAAUUAGAGAAAGCAGAAGCAAAGUUGCAACAAAAACAAGAAAGGAGAAGUCAAGACUCUGCAAGUAGCCGUAACACUGUGUCAGCAAUACGUCCUGAAUCUGCUACAGCAUCGCAAGUCACAAGCAAGAAGGAAUCUAAGCUGGAAGAUAAAGGAAACAACCGGGCACAGGAUAUUCGUAUAGAAAACUUUGAUGUGGCUUAUGGAAACAGGGUUCUUCUUAUGUCUGCAGAUAUCACAUUAGCAUAUGGAAGAAGAUAUGGGUUGGUUGGAAGGAAUGGAUUAGGAAAAACGACAUUACUUAGAAUGAUAUCCAGUGGUCAGCUGAGGAUACCAUCACACAUAUCAGUGCUACAUGUUGAACAAGAAGUUGUUGGAGAUGAUACUCCAGCACUGGAAAGUGUCUUAGAGUGUGAUACAGUACGUGAAGAACUCCUGAGGAAAGAACACGAGAUUAGUGUCAGUAUCAAUAAUGGAUGUACAGACCCAGAACUUAGCAAUCAGCUCACCGAAGUGUAUGCACAGCUUCAGAACAUUGAGGCUGAUAAAGCACCAGCAAGAGCAAGCAUUAUUUUGAAUGGUCUUGGCUUCUCUUCUGAGAUGCAGCAGCGACCCACCAUAGAGUUCUCAGGAGGCUGGCGUAUGAGGUUAGCACUUGCACGUGCUCUCUUUUCAAGGCCUGAUCUUCUUCUCCUUGAUGAACCAACAAAUAUGUUGGAUAUUAAGGCCAUUAUCUGGCUGGAAAACUACCUUCAAAACUGGCCUACCACAUUACUUGUUGUGUCUCAUGAUCGCAAUUUCCUUGACACAGUACCGACAGAUAUUUUGAAUCUCCAUUCACAACGUAUUGAUGCAUACAGAGGUAACUAUGAGAACUUUGAGAAGACCAAGACAGAAAAGCUUCGGAAUCAACAGCGAGAAUUUGAAGCACAGCAGCAGCAUCGAGCUCAUGUUCAAGAAUUCAUUGACAGGUUUCGAUAUAAUGCUAAUCGGGCUUCCAGUGUACAGAGCAAAAUCAAAAUGUUAGAAAAGCUCCCAGAACUGAAGGCCAUUGAGAAAGAAGUGGAGGUUGUCCUGAAGUUUCCAGAGGCUGAGGCACUGUCACCACCAAUUCUGCAAAUUAAUGAAGUGUCAUUUGGUUAUUCACCUGACAGAAUGAUAUUCAGCAAUGUAAAUUUGGGUGCUACACUAGAAUCUAGGAUAUGCAUUGUUGGUGAUAAUGGAGCUGGUAAAACAACACUUCUUAAAAUUAUCAUGGGAAUUUUGACACCUACUAAGGGAAUUCGUCAUAUUCACCGAAACCUUAAAUUUGGCUACUUCAGCCAGCACCAUGUUGACCAACUUGAUAUGAAUGCAAAUUCAGUAGAAUUACUGCAGUCAAGUUAUCCAGGUAAGCCAGUUGAGGAAUAUCGUCGUCAGUUGGGAAGUUUUGGUAUCACAGGUGAUAUGGCUUUGCAGAUGGUAGCCAGCUUAUCAGGAGGUCAGAAGUCACGUGUGGCCUUUGCUAGGAUGUGCAUGGGCAAUCCAAACUUCCUUGUACUUGAUGAGCCCACGAACCAUCUUGACAUUGAAACUAUUGAAGCACUGGGGAAGGCCAUAAACAAAUACACGGGAGGGGUGAUUCUGGUAUCACAUGAUGAACGACUAAUCCGUAUGGUAUGCAAAGAACUAUGGGUUUGUGGAAAUGGUAGUGUCAAGAGCAUUGAAGGAGGUUUUGAUGAAUACAGACGAUUAGUUGAGCGGGAAUUGGAGGCACAGACUAAAUAGUGAAACUCGACAUUCUCAACACUGCCGCCCAUUCCUUGUUAUGUAUGUGGAAGAGUUAAAACACACCAUUAUUAACAUAUUAAAAAUGCUGAUUUGAAUAAAUUCUUCUAUUUAUUGUU